AGUUCAGAUAGUGUGUUGCAAUUGAGCUGAAUGGAUUCUCACACUUUACUCACCCUUUGGAUACUAGCAGCAGUUGGAUUGUGCUCAUGCCAAGAUGAGUUACUGCUAGAUGGGCCUCUGAAUAGAACAGUUGGAGGGAAUGUGGUGUUCACCCUCAUCAACCCUCCAUCUAUACCACCUUCAAGAAUCACCUGGACUUCUCCAAGCAUAACAGAGAUCAUCACUACACUUGAUGAUGCAGAGAAGAUACAUCCUGAUUAUACUGGUAGAAUCUCUCUGAACAAAAGCACAGCAUCACUGGAGCUCAGCAACCUGACUCCCAAUGACACUGGGGAGUACACUCUGAGCAUCUCCAUAAAUAGUGUACCUCAACAGGCGAAAACAUCACUGACAGUGUUUGUGAAUAUCUCCAAUGUGAGAGCAGAAGCUGAUCAGAAUGAGCUGGUGGAGUUCAACAGUUCUGUCACUCUCACAUGCUCCGCCUCUGGCACCUUGCCCUCAUUUCGAUGGCUUAACGGGAGUACUAGUGUCACAGGAAGUGACAGAGUUCUGCUAGACAAGAGGAACCUCACUAUAUUGAACGUGACUAGAUAUGAUGAUGGACCAUUCCAGUGUGAAGCUUCAAAUAUGUUCAGUGACCACAUGAGCUCUGAUGUCAAUCUGACAAUUCAUUAUGGCCCAGAUAGUGCUGUAUUUUCAGUGACACCUGAUGCCUCGAACUACAGUUCAGGCUCUGACAUCACCCUGUCCUGCUCCUCUGAGUCCAAACCUGCUGCCCAGUUCCAGUGGGCACUGAAUGGAACCUUUCUGGGUAGAGAGGGAAAAGAAAUGGUACUGGAGAAUGUUCAGACCAGUCAGAGUGGAGCCUACAGCUGCUGGGCAUAUAAUAGUAAAACCCAGAGGUAUAAAACAUCAUCACCAACAACCAUCACUGUGAUAGAGACUAUAGCUGGUGUUGCCAUUACACGCUCUGGUAACACCUUGAUAGCAGGUGAGAGUUCUGUCAACUUGACCUGUGAUGCUCAGGGCUUCAUCGUCGACAGAGAGUGGACAAAGGAUGGUAAACCUCUGUCUCUCAGCAACAGAACCACCUUCUAUGAGAAGAACAGAACACUGUCCAUCAGCCCAGUAGAGACAGAAGACAGUGGGCAGUACACAUGCAUAGUCAGCAAUCCUGUCAGCUCUGGCCGUGAUGACUUCGAGCUUGUUGUCAAUCUAGCACCUGAUCCUGGUGUCGGAGUAGGUGGAUUUCCAACUUGGGCUAUAGCUGUUAUAGUAAUAGCUGUCUUAAUUGUACUUGUGAUCCCUGUCAUCCUUGUAUUGAAGAAAAAAGGAAAAAUAUGCCCUCCAAAAAGCCGAGAAGCACCUGCCAAAGAUAAUAGCCCAAUGGAGUUGAAUUAUGCGGACAUCAGCCACUUUCAGAGAAAAAAUGUGCAGAGGGUGGAUCAGGGUAAUCAGGGUGGAAACGAGGAGACGCUUUACUCAGGAGUCAGACUCCCCAGCUCCCCCGCUGGCCCCACCUCAGGCCAGGGACCUACCUAUGCAGAUAUCAAUUUUCAGAAUAACGCCGCCGGUAUGAGGCCAACGCUGGGACACGGAGGAAAUGUGGGAGAUCAGAGCACAGUGUAUGCUGCAGUCAAACCCAAAGGCCAGGCUCCUGGACCACCCCGUCAGGUACCAGAUGUGACGUAUGCUCAGGUCAAGAAGUGACCAUUCUUUCUUAGUUUCUCUGACCGCACUUUUGUCCUGCUACUGUCCAUGUGUCUCUCCAAAUACCAUCACUGUGUUCAUUUGGGUUGCACAUAUUCAUUAUUUCAAAUACCAUCACUAUGUUUAUUUGGGUUGCACAUAUUCAUUAUUUCAGUUAAUUUAAGCCCCAUUGCAGUGUGUAUUUGCAACCUUAACGAUAUGUUAUUGUCAUAGUGAUGUAGUCUGAUAAAACUGAUUGAGUAUAGAGUGUUGAUCACUCUGUUUAAGUUCUCAAAGAGAUGACAUGGAUAUAUUAAUUUGUAGACCACAGAAGUCCCUUGUUGUAGAGAACUUGUAUCAAGAUUUGGAGCACAAGCUGCAAUAUUUGUCUAAUAUGAACCUGCACUUUAUCAUUUUUAUGUGACACAUGUGAUAAUGCAUCUCUUAAAGCCACAAUUAUCAAUGCUGGUAAUUAUUAGUUAUCGUAUUUUGAGAAUAGCAUAGUGAGGUGUUUAGUAACACAUUGUUGUGAUGGCGAUGUAGAGGAGAUGAUGCAUUCAGCUGGAAAAAGUGGAUAUCACUUGAUAAUGCUUGGCUUUAUAUGCGAGUACUAGCUAAAUAUUUUUAUUUUCUAAAAUUGGUUGGUUAAAAUCACUCCCGAACAUUUGCUGGGGUAAUUUUGUGCUUUGGUACUAUGUUUUAUUAGUUAUUAUUUUUGUCAUUUUUCAGAAUUAUUUAAUUUUAUCAUUUUGGGAAUAUAUAGAAACAGCUAAACAGCUAGCCUGCUUUACUUUUAGGAAUUAAAGAUCCGGUAAUAAUUAAGUGUUAUGAAAUUACAGGUUAGCAACAAUUUAUUGUGUAAAGAGUUUUAAUAUAUUUUAUCAUAUGCACUGUGUUAUGAAAAAUGUAUUUUCAUCUGUUGGAUCAUUUAUAUUCAUCAGCCAUAUUGUGGUUUGUUUCUCAACUGCAUUUUGUUUUUUUGUUUUUUAUUUUGUGAUAUAUACAUGUGAAAACAUGCCUCAGGGAUGCCUGUUUUUAGUAAUACACUGCAGUCUUUUCAUCAAGGCUGAAUGUACACAUUUCCCCCUUUUAAUUGUGCCAUGUACUGUGCAAAUGCACUUAUUAGAGGUGUGAUGCCUUGUGAUGCUCAAAUGUACAAUUAUUGUAUUUUUACAUCGACUUUGAGCAGAUUGUGAAGAUUAAGACGCAUUGAUUCUGUCGCAAAAUAAAUUCUAAAUGCUAAAACA